AUGGCUACUAUGACUAUGACCCAGCAGACCAAGCGGACUGCCAAAAAGAACGCAAAGUCCGUGCCCGAGAAUGAACGAUUCAUGCGAGCCUGUUCCGAUAUUGCGAACGCCCUUAUCCAAGACUAUGAGGCGCAUAGGGAUUCGACGAAGCCCAGGAAAGAUUUGAACCUCAACAAGUUGCGCGGCACUUUCUCAAGCAAGCACUGCUUGUCCACACAGCCGCCACUCACGGCCAUCAUUGCGGCCGUACCGGAACACUACAAAAAAUACAUCCUUCCAAAACUGAUCGCAAAGCCAAUCCGAACCUCAUCUGGUAUCGCUGUGGUGGCGGUUAUGUGCAAACCCCACCGAUGCCCUCACAUCGCGUACACCGGUAACAUCUGUGUCUACUGCCCUGGUGGCCCAGACUCUGAUUUUGAAUACUCAACCCAAUCCUACACUGGCUAUGAGCCAACCUCCAUGCGAGCGAUUCGCGCCCGGUACGAUCCGUUUGAGCAGGCGCGGGGACGUGUGGAUCAAAUCAAGUCUCUUGGUCACAGCGUCGACAAGGUGGAAUAUAUUAUUAUGGGUGGAACAUUCAUGUCCCUCCCGGAGGACUACCGAGACAGCUUUAUCUCGCAGCUUCACAACGCACUGAGUGGAUAUCAAACGGACAACGUCGAUGAGGCCGUGCAGGCCGGUGAAAUGAGUAAUGUGAAGUGUGUGGGUAUCACAAUUGAAACGCGACCCGAUUAUUGUCUGGACACCCACUUGAGCAGCAUGCUCCGCUAUGGAUGUACGCGACUGGAAAUCGGAGUUCAAAGUCUGUACGAGGACGUCGCGAGAGACACCAACCGUGGUCACACCGUCGCAGCAGUCGCAGAGACUUUCAAACUCGCCAAGGAUGCCGGCUUCAAGGUCGUCAGCCACAUGAUGCCCGAUCUGCCAAACGUUGGAAUGGAGCGAGACCUCUUCCAGUUCCACGAGUACUUCGAAAACCCCAACUUCCGUACCGACGGUCUCAAGCUAUACCCCACACUUGUCAUCCGAGGCACCGGUCUGUAUGAACUAUGGCGCACCGGUCGUUACAAGAACUACACACCCAACGCGCUCAUUGAUCUUGUCGCACGCAUUCUCGCCCUGGUUCCCCCUUGGACCCGUAUCUACCGAGUCCAGCGUGAUAUUCCCAUGCCGCUGGUCACCUCCGGUGUCGAGAACGGCAAUUUGCGUGAACUCGCUCUGGCACGCAUGAAAGACUUCGGCACAACCUGCCGUGAUGUGCGCACCCGAGAAGUCGGAAUCAACGAAGUCAAGAACAAGAUCCGCCCAUCCCAAAUCGAGUUGAUCCGCCGCGACUACACAGCCAACGGUGGCUGGGAAACGUUCCUGGCGUACGAAGAUCCCAAGCAGGAUAUUCUUAUUGGUUUGCUCCGUCUGCGCAAGUGCAGCGACACCCACACUUUCCGUCCCGAGUUCACUGGCCAGCAAACGAGUAUUGUUCGCGAGCUCCACGUCUACGGUUCUGCCGUUCCACUUCACGGGCGUGAUGCGCGCAAGUUCCAGCACCGUGGUUUCGGAACUUUGCUGAUGGAGGAGGCGGAGCGCAUCGCCCGCGAGGAACACGGCAGUCGCAAGAUCAGUGUUAUCUCUGGUGUCGGUGUGCGUAGCUACUACGCUCGUCUUGGAUACUUCCUCGACGGACCCUACAUGUCCAAGAUGUUGGAUCCUUGGGAAGACGAGGAGUAA